AUGAGCAGCUUGUUUGUGAUUUGUUUUGGUCCCAAAGGUUCACCCAUCUCCACACCCAGCCGCUCGCCCCUCCCCCGGACCCUCACCUCCACCCCUGUACACACCAAACAGGGCUCCUCCGUACUCAAAAGCCCUUACAUCAUCGUCGACAAGCCCGGCCAGGUCAUCCGGAUGGCAAUGACUUCCUUCGCCGCCUCCACAGGGCAUUAUCAAGCAGGAGCCGGGAGAAGUUCCCACUCAGCAGCAGCAGAUGGUUUCCACGGUAACGGCAGCCCAGCAGCUCGCCGCGGCAACUCAGCAGGAAGUCACUUGAUCUCCAUGUCGCCACAGAGACAGACAGGAGGGGCCAAAGGGGCGGGGGCAACAACCAGCAUGGUUCUGGAUAUCCCUUUAGGCUCCGCCCUCCAGGUUCUGGAUAUCCCUUUAGGCUCCGCCCUCCAGAUUCUGGGUAUCCCUGUAGGCUCCGCCCUCCAGGUUCUGGGUAUCCCUUUAGGCUCCGCCCUCCAGGUUCUGGGUAUCCCUUUAGGCUCCGCCCUCCAGAUUCUGGGUAUCCCUUUAGGCUCCGCCCUCCAGGUGGCCAUCAGCAGCGGACAGAUUCUGGUCACCAAGGGUAACCCCUCCAUCUCCAAGGUGAUGGGCGGGAAGCAUGUGGUCGCCCAGGGAUGUUGCCAAGGCCAUCGUCAGCGGGGCGGCCGGUAGCAUCGUGGGUCAGCAGGUCAUUGUUAAGGCAACUGGGGCCGCAGGGGGAACAGGAAAGAGUGGAGGUGAGGGUCCACACACACCUUCACUUUUGGUCGUUCACAAAAGGCGCCUCUUUAUCUGAGACACGUAAACAACAACAAACACUCUUGACAGACGCCCACUGUCACAGCAC